UCUUUCUUUCUUGCUUUCUUUAUUUAAGGCCUCUAAUGUGGCGGCUUCAUGUGUAAUCAGUUCCUUCCACAAUGGGCAAAGCUUCUAGUUCUUCCUCCUCUUCAAUCACCAGCUGCAGGAACAACCCUUCCAAUUCAACUGCAUCCUCUCUCACACACCAACACAGCCAACACCUUCGCACAGAUCUUAGGCUUGGACUCAGCAUUUCCGCCACUCAACAUGUUGCCUCUUCCAGUUCAGGGGGGCAUUGGCAACAGAUGCAACCACAUCUAAGCAGUUAUUCACAAGCUACUGAAGUUAAUGAUUGCAGCGAGCAUACGAGCUUCUUUGUGAAGGUGUACAUGGAAGGCAUUCCAAUUGGUAGAAAACUGAAUUUGUUAGCUCAUGAUGGCUAUCAGGAGUUAGUGAAGACCCUUGAACAAAUGUUUGAUACCACCAUUCUGUGGGGGACUGAAAUGGAUGGAGUUCAACAAGAGAGAUGCCAUGUUCUAACUUAUGAAGAUGGAGAAGGAGAUUUGAUCAUGGUUGGGGACGUUCCAUGGGAGAUGUUCCUUUCGGCUGUAAAAAGGUUGAAGAUCACAAGGGUUGAGACAUUUGGGUGAUAAAUGUUUACAAAAUGACAAAAGACUGGUUCUUUUUGUGACUUAAAUUUAAAUGUCAGUGAUCAUCCAUUAUCAAAGAUCAAAGUGGUGUAUAUUCUUAGUAUGUUUGGAUAUUGAAAAGGGAAAAAGAAAAAGUUUAUAUAUAAUUAAUUUUUUUAUUUUAUUUUAAAUAAAAAAAAAAAGAAGCAAAAAUGCCUUUAUUUUUGGUUUCUAAAAGUUUGGUCCUAGCUUUUCUCGUUACCGACGUAAUUUCCCCGGUUGUAAGACCCAGUUCCUCCGCGUUCUCUUACACGGAGAAUGAAUAAACCAAAGUUGAAACAUGCGAGGAAUAAGGAGCAAUAAAGGUACAGACAUAAUAGAAUGUCGAGCAGAAUAAAGUAAUGUUAUAUUAUUAUUGAUCUGAAUUGUUUGAUUUUGAUAUUUUGAUUCGAAUUUCAUUGGGAACAUAUUGAAAUUUGAUCUAGACAAGACUAGGGUUUAAUUGGGGAAUGGAAUGAAUUUGAUUUGGGUAGUUGUCUAAUCAUUUAAUAAAUUCUACAAAGACAGUUACAGAAUUGUGUGAAUGACCCAUGUAGAUUGGUAGCAGACAGAU